AUGGUCAAGUACGUGCUCACGGGUGUCGGGGGCAAUAUCGGAGGCCAUGCUGCUGACUACGCAGUCGAGACCAAGAACGCUGCGGAUACUUUGGUACUCACCAGCUCAGAUAUCUCGAAGCUCGACCCUGCACGCGUUGCAGCUUGGAAGGCAAAGGGUGCGAUCGUCGAACAAGCUGAUUACUUGGACGUGAAGAGCCUCGAGCGAGUGUUCACGGACGCGGAAGCAGUCGCUUUUGUGUCCACUUGGCUCCUUGGAGAUGGUCGUCGUGGUCAAAUGGUCAACUGCAUCCAAGCUGCCAAGGACAUGGGAGUCAAACGCGUGUGCUACACGUCGUUCGUUGGUGCGGGAUCGGACAAACCGAACGACCAGCUGCCGUUCCUGCCUCGAGACCACCAAUUCACCGAGCAGCAAAUCUACGCGUCGGGUCUGGAUUACAACAUCCAGCGCAAUUGGUUGUACCAGGACAACACGCCGCGCUUCUUUGCGCCGUCGUGGCAGUUCACUGAAGACCGCUGGCUCUCGAAUAGCCACGACGUCCCGGGGGCUUACGUGGCACUUGAAGACUGUGGUCGGGUCUUUGGAGCUCUGCUGCUGGGGAAGCAGGAGAAGAACACGGUGGUGAGUGUCACUGGUCCGGAAGCCGUCACGGACCGGGAGAUGUUUGACUGGAUGAACUCCAUCAGCGGAUACAAAGGGCAAUUCGUUGACAUGCCCGAUAAGGAGCUACGUGCUUACUGGCUCAAUCGCGGCCUCCCUACGGACGUCUCGGGCGACUUUUCUCACCUUCCUAUGAAGUUGUGCAUCGAAGACCUCCUGUGCUGUGGAGAAACGGUGGCAAACGGUUCGAUGAAUGAGGUGACGGACACGGUGGAACGUCUCACUGGCCGCAAGCCACUGAGCUACAAGGAGAACCUGUUGCAAUACACGGAAAGCUUCCCACAAGUCCGUAGCUCACCCGACGGAGCUUCACGUCAAUGGUGGCAAACAGCAGAAAAUGGCUCCUGA